AUGUCGAAUGUAGUCCUCAGCCCAGAGAAAAGUCACAACAUCGUGAUUCAAGAUGGAGGCAAUGAUAUCCUCAUCCAGCCACCGUUUGACGGUGACCAUUACCCUAUCAACAGCGGGAGUAAUGCUGCACAAGUCACAAUUCAUAAUGACUGGGCCGACUUCAGCGAGGGGGCAGCGUUUGUUUGGGUUGCGAACAUGGAUGUUGACUGCGAUGGCCUGAAUUUCCAGUGUGAGGGAAACCAAGACGGACAGGCAGUGACCGACUUUGGCGCUCUAUCUGCGUAUGCAGUGCCAUUCAUCGUGAUCCCCAACAGAUUUGGCGUCCAAUACAAAGGAGCCCUGCCAGGGAAUAACGUCGCUGCUGUCAUUUGCAACGGGAAGAUGUUCUAUGGCAUCUACGGUGAUACAAAUGGAGCUUCUCCACAAGCCAUUGGAGAAGCAUCCUGGUUGAUAGCCCGGACCUGUUUCCCAAAUGACAAUUUGAACGGGAACCGCGGUCAUGCUGAGACGGACGUCACAUACAUCGUCUUCACUGGGAAUGACGCCGUUCUUCCGGGUAGUGCUUUGAACGAGCACUAUAUCACCGAUUUCACCACUUUGCGCUUCAUGGGCGACAAUUUGGUUCACUCCCUUGCAAAGAGCUUGCAACUGGUCGCGGAAAGUGGCAAAUCAGACUUUACCGCGACUACAUUUUCCACUGCUGUCGCUACCACCACGGCCACUGGUAGCCCUUGCUCUUGGGAGGGGCAUUGUGCUGAUGCGCCUUGUUCCAUCGACGAUGAUUGUGUCGAUGGCCUUGCUUGUGAGGCUGGUAGAUGCACAAGUUCUUGA